GAGUGCCAGGCUAGUGCUGCCUCUUGUAGUCUUCGGCGAAAUCAAAACCAACAGCGAAGGAAGAAUUUGGUUAGGAAUCAUGGCGUUCGUCUCUGCGAGGACGAUUAUUUAUCCUGUGCUACGACACGCUGCUCGACACAUCAACUUCACCCGGCAACUUGCUAAAUAUCAUCGGCGAAACCAACUAUGCAGUCAACUUUACGUGCCAGCGAUUACUGUCCAAAGAUCUUUUGCCGAGAAAGUCGUUUAUUCCAGAGACAAACCCCACGUUAACAUUGGAACUAUCGGUCACGUUGAUCAUGGAAAGACUACUUUGACUGCAGCCAUUACUAAAGUAUUGUCAGAAAAAGAAUUAGCCAAAGCUAAAGGCUACAGUGAAAUAGACAAUGCACCAGAAGAAAAAGCCAGGGGUAUUACAAUCAACGUUGCCCACAUCGAAUACCAAACAGAGAAUAGGCAUUAUGGCCACACAGAUUGUCCGGGACACGCUGAUUACAUUAAAAACAUGAUCACAGGAACAGCACAAAUGGAUGGUGCUAUUUUAGUGGUUGCUGCUACUGACGGAGCUAUGCCACAAACAAAGGAACAUUUACUGCUUGCAAAACAGAUUGGUAUUGAACACAUUGUAGUUUUCAUCAAUAAGGUUGAUGCUGCUGAUGCAGAGAUGGUAGAACUUGUCGAGAUGGAAAUUAGAGAGCUUAUGACUGAAAUGGGUUUCAAUGGAGACAAAGUUGCAGUCAUAAAAGGCAGUGCUCUCUGUGCAUUGGAGGGAAAAAAUCCAGAAAUUGGAAAAGAUGCUAUCCUCAAAUUGUUGGAAGCUUGUGACAACAAUGUGCCAGUACCAGAACGCGAACUUGACAAGCCAUUCCUAUUGCCAGUAGAAGGUACCUACUCCAUUGCGGGCAGAGGCACGGUCGUUACUGGCAGACUGGAACGUGGAAAGCUAAAAAAGGGCACAGAAGUCGAAUUCUUAGGAUAUGAAAAGUCAAUAAAGAGCACAGUUACUGGGAUUGAGAUGUUCCACAAAAUUCUCGAGUAUGCUGAAGCCGGUGACCAAUUAGGUGCUCUCGUAAAAGGUCUCAAGAGAGAAGACGUGCGAAGAGGAAUGGUCAUGGCUAAACCAGGCUCGAUUAAGUCCCAUAAUCAUAUCGAGGCUCAAGCGUACAUUUUAACUACCGAAGAAGGUGGACGCAAGAAACCUAUUCAAGAUCGGAUUCAGUUGCAAAUGUACAGCAAAACGUGGGAUAUUCCAGUCUCGGUCACAGUUCCAGGAAAGAACAUGGCUAUGCCAGGAGAGGAUGCAACAUUGGACUUAAAGCUGCUUAAGUCGAUGGUGUGCGAGAAAGGUCAGCGUUUCACUUUGAGAGACGGUAACACAACAGUUGGUACUGGCGUGAUAACCAAUCUUCUGACUCCUUUGACGGAGGAUGAGAAGUUCAUUCUGCUUGAAGGCAAGAAGGGCAUUCGAAAGUUGGAAAGAUUAAAGUCUAGGGGCAAAACGUAAAAACUUACUUCAAAAUAUUGUACAUUUAAUAUAUGAUUUUUCUUUAAAAAACUAUAAUGUAACCUAUAUAAAUAUAGUUUCAAACAAACUAAACUUUUAACAAAUUAGAAAAAUGUCACUUUUUCGAGAUAUGCAAAUCAAUUUUUCAACCAUGAAAAUUAAAUAACAUUCCUCUGGAAAGUCAUCAUUUGCAUCAAAAUUAAAUUAUAAUGACAUUUUUUUUAUUUGAUUAAGUUUAUCAGUCAAUUAAGAGUACCUAGGUUUUAUAAAAAAUCUGUACUAUAAAAAAAAUUAUCUUUCUUGGACUUCAAGUUUAACUUUUUUUACAAAAUAAAAUUACAACUGUUAAUUUAAAUCGGAUACACUUGAUGUACAUGUAUGAAUAA